GGACCAGAACCGAACCCAUCUCCAAUCAUUCAUUGGUUUUGCGGUGGCCACAGCGGUGGCAACCUCCGCCUCUAAAACGCUUUUGCUUGAUGUUUUGGCCAGCAAUUAGAUACGUUGCUCUAACCAGUCCCGCCAAUCGUCGGAAUUACUUUCUCGCCGAGCGGAGAGCGCGUGACUCAUACGCCAGGGGGGCCACAUGGAAACAAAGACGCUGGCAGAGACCACAACACAACACAACACAGCAAAGCACAGCACAGCACAACCAGAAAGAGCAGCUCCGGCUAAAAGCUGUGGGCAAACGGAGCGACUCGCUCAGUCUGCGACACACAGUUGAAGCUGAACGAUCGUUUCGGCGGACAGUCCGCAUCCAAGUGAAAGCCAGCCUCCAUAUCCAAUUGCCAAUUGCCAAUUGCCGAUUGCCCGGUGCAAUUCUCAGUGAAGUGAACGAUUUAUGGAAAUUCAUUGAUUGCAAUUCCGGCCGACAAGUGUGUGAAUUAAAAAAACAAACUAACAACAGUGCCAGUUACCUGAAAGCCAGCGAACACCGCCAUGGAACACAGCCGGAUCCAGACAAUGCUGCCAAUUAUGAUGGUAAUCAUCGCCAGCUCGUGCUGCGUACACGGCCAGUCCUAUCUCUUCAGUUUGGAGAACGUUCUCAACGAGUCAUCCUCCCGCCAGCUGAACUACAACCUAACGUCCACGAACGGAACCACCGAGGUGGACUUGUUUCCCGAUACCAUCGCCAACAACAACCGCAUAAUUGUCUACAAGAACACUGUCGUCGGGUCGGCCAACGAACUAUCCCAGACAGCGAUGGAUGUGAUCACGAUUGUGUGGUAUGUGGCCACCUUUCUGGCCCUGGCUGCCUUCUUCAUGCUGAUGGCCUGCUCGGACCGUCGAUGCCGGGACAUGAGGCGUCGUCCCGCCGGCGGUCAGUCCGCCGAGGGUCUGAGGGCACCGCCCACGCCCUCGCCGUCGUACAGUGAGUUUGCACCGCCCAGCUAUGACACGGUGAUCAAGAUGCAGCAUGCGGCCAAGACGAGUGUGUUUGUGAUACCCUUCAGCAAUAAGGCCGGCGAACUGGGCGCCCCAGCCACGCCUCCACCGCCCCCAGCGGUCAGUCCUUUGCCACCUGCAAUCACCUGCAGCGUGAUCACCGUCAACGAACUGCAGAAGUCGGCUGACUAGCUGACUAGCCGAUUAGCCCGGAUUCUAGCCUUACUCACCGACUCUGUGAUAUUUGCUGUUUAUGGCAAUUAGCCAAGUAUUAGAUGUCGUAAGAUCCCCACAAAAAAGACUGACAAUGAAAGAUAUCUGUUUGUGCAUAUGCAUUCAAAUGCCAGUUCAACUGAAACUAAUGAAUAAGUACUUAAGUAAAAUAAAUCCACACGUUAUCGAAAAUGAUUCACCUAACGGGA